AACUGGCAUCCCCGCAAGUGGUGGAUGAAGGGGAGGAGAACAAGAGCACGGACUCGUUCUGCUGUCAGCCAGAAUGUGCUGGAUCCCCCAGCAAAUAAUAUAUUUUCAGUAUAAUAACUUAGGGAACAAGCCCACUUGACGAACUUGGUCACCGCUUUAUCUCAAACCCUCACUGCAGUUCGCCUUCGGUUCCUCAGAGUCCCAGCAAAGACCACAUUAAGUGCACUGACAUGUAUUCAAAUGACAGGAGGAGAGUAAAUGAAAGAGUAGAGUUGAAUAUUUUCUCCAACCACCAUUAACAGUUGUUCCUGGCCUUAUUGAUGUGGAAUAAGGAUGUCAUGAGUUCAAAAAAGGAGGAGACUUGGUCUAUGGUUCCAAUACCAUAAUAGGCUAUCUUUUUCCAGCUUCUCUUAGGGAGAGACCAUGGAUGUGGACACGAUCAAUUAGUGGAGGACCAACCACUGGCAUAAUCUCUAUCACAGAAUACCUUAAGUGCCCUAUCCUGGAGCCAGGCCAAAAAAUGACUUGCCCUUUGUUCAAAAAUAGCUGCCUGAAAAGUUCCUGCCAACAGUUAUUAUACAACACUUUCAGCUGGAGAUCAAAAUGUAAAUGCACCGAUGCCCUUGGACUGCAGUUAGCUCAGCACCUGACAUUUAAAAUCAUGUUGCGGACCACUGAAAGCAAUCUGCAAUGAUAAGACAAAGUAAAUGAGUGAAGUGUGCCUAUUCAUCAGACCAUCAUCAAAUGCCCAAGCAUUAUGAACACAUGAUUCCUCUUGGGGAGAACAUGAAUCCAUGGAUUCAGAAUUGCACAAACUGUAGCCAAGCCCUGGUAAUGGAGCUGAACAUCACAAAGGCCAUUGUUCUGAGCUUUGUGCUAUCUGUUUUUGUUAUAUUUGGAGUACUGGGCAACAUCUUGGUCAUCCUUUCAGUGGCUUGCCACCACAGCCUUCGAACGGUCACACAUUACUUUAUUGUAAACCUGGCUGUGGCUGACCUCUUGCUGAGCUCCACUGUGCUUCCAUUCUCUGCCAUUUUUGAGAUGCUGGGCCACUGGGUGUUUGGCAGGGUUUUCUGCGAUGUCUGGGCCGCCAUGGAUGUGCUUUGCUGCACAGCAUCCAUAAUGAGCCUGUGUGUGAUCUCUGUGGACCGCUACAUUGGGGUUAGUUACCCACUACGCUACCCAGCCAUUGUGACUGAGAAGCGGGCAUUGUUGGCACUUAUGGGAAUUUGGGCUCUGUCCAUUACCAUCUCCAUUGGACCACUAUUUGGCUGGAAGGAACCAGCACCAGAGGAUGAGUACAUGUGUAAAAUCACAGAGGAACCUGGCUAUGCCAUUUUUUCUGCAGUGGGCUCUUUCUAUCUCCCCCUAGUGGUUAUCCUGGUUAUGUAUUGCCGUGUGUACGUGGUGGCCCGCAGGGAGACAUACAGCCUUAGGAAAGGUCACAAGACGGAGAAGGCACACCACGCGGAAGCAGUGACUUUGCGGAUACACCGAGGCAACACCACUAUGGCGGAGGAUGAAACGUUGAGGAGCCGCACUCACUUCACAAUCCGCCUACUUAAGUUCUCCAGAGAGAAAAAGGCUGCGAAAACCCUGGGCAUUGUGGUUGGGUGUUUUGUUCUCUGCUGGCUGCCAUUCUUCCUGGUUCUGCCUAUUGGAUCCAUCUUCCCGGCUUACCGGCCCUCAGACACGGUCUUCAAAAUCACCUUCUGGCUUGGGUACUUCAACAGCUGUAUCAACCCAAUCAUCUACCCAUGCUCCAGCCAGGAGUUUAAGAAAGCUUUUCUGAGUGUGCUGGGUGUUCACUGUCUGCACCGCAGCACGAGAGCCACAUACCCGCUGUGCCAGGGCCAUGCUGCCAGCCACACACAGUCACACCUGCUCACAUUGGGCUCAGAGAGCCGCAGUGAGCCUUCACAUCUCAGCCGGUCAUCCUCUGUGGUCCUUUCCCGUACCCCCUCAUCUUCCCCAGUGGGGGGGGUAGGAGUCAGCGUUGGGGUCAGUGCUGGGGCGAAAGCAGCAGGGGUGUGCAGUAAGAACCUGCUGAGGACAUGUUGUUGUGCUGGGGACUACCCAGCAAGGACUCAGCCUCCUGCAUGCCAUUCUCUGCCUGUUAUUAAGAUCCAUCAGCUUUCUCUGUGUGAGAAUGGUGAAGCAGUGUGAGCAAGAGGCAAAACACUGCUUCAGAUAAACACAUAUGCCUCAGAUUAUGAGUAAACUCUUAUCAAGAUCACUAUGUAACUUUGACAACAUUAAUUCGGUGUGUCUGUGAUGCACCUGACUGUUGUCGUGGGGAGAUUUAAAACAUGCUGUGUAUUAAAGGGAAGGGGUACCUAGAGUCAAUUUGACUGAUUAGCUUUGCACAUUUGCACAGAAAGAAAAUCCAUAUGUUUGUUUUAAUGUUGAAAUUUCUACAAGUGUGAAAGGAUAAAAAUAUACUGUCUUAAUUUUAAAAGGUUUGUAGUUGCCAAUGGACCUGAAUAUACUGGGUACGCUUCAGUGAUGGUGGUGAAUAAUACCAGUUGAAUACUUUACCUCAAUUCACUUUCAUUAGACGCACAAAUUGUUAUUUAUGUGGGGGAAAAAGGUGUAGUAAUUUAUACAAAUACAAAUUAUGCGGCCAUUAACAUGAAUGGGAUUUUUUUUCUUCAGUUUUACAAUGAAAAAGAUUCCCAUAAUUAGAUAAUGGAAUAUGAGAAAUAUUCACCAGUUUUAUGUGUAUGUUUGGUUCUUAACAAGAACAGUGAAUAAGUACUUCUUUACGUCAGAGUCAACAUUUUUACCCUAUGACUCAUGUAAAAUGCUUGAACAAAUCAGAUGAAAUUGGACAUGCAUCUUGGCCCUGAUUUACUAAAAGUUUGCAAAAGAUGUUUGGUAACACCUACAAAAAACCUUGCAAGUUGAUCUUUCACCUGAGGAAAAUACCAUGUCUUGUUGAUUCUGCAUGUUUGGCUUAACAAAAAUGCAAUUUGGUUCAUUUGCAUUUGAGGUACAAAAUAAAGGAGUGUCAGUACAAGGUUAUGCCAUUAUAAGAUUAUUCCUUACCUUCAGGGCAGCUCAAUGUCCUAUAAGAAUGUAUGAUGUAAACAAUGAGGCUGUCAAUGUCACUUUUGUGUAUAUUCAUUUGUGUGUUUGUGUAUGUGCAUCUCUUUCUAUUAAGAAACAUGAAAAAUCAUAUGUGAGGUUUGAAUCAGUGAAGAGUGAUUAUUUAAUUACACCAAAGCAAAACCACCCUAUGUGUGGUUGCUCUUAAACUGGUGAACUAACAACACUGUCUUUCCAUAAAUAAUGAAAAAUUUUGUCUGAAGGUACUUUAUGUUUUGUUCAUGAAACUAAACAUUAGCUUUCAAGAAAAAACAGCAUAAAACUGUAAAUUAUAAAAUGUAUAGAUUCACUUCUAAAAUCUCAUUGGCUGUUGUAAAAACCUCUAAAUACACAUAUCAGUGAAUGGAUCACAAUACUUAAAUGCUGUAUUAAUGUGCCAGGUUUUAAAACCAAUAAAACUGUAAUACUACAGCCAUUGUUCUGUCUACAGAAUGCCCUAAUCUGUAUCCAUUAUGUAAGUUAACUACCAAAGGAUACUGUUAACACACUACAUUGCAUGGCAGAAUUGUUUAUUGUGAAUAUUAUUAAUAAUAAAAGAAAUUAUUUCUUGAA